AUGUCUGACAAACCCGAUAUGGCUGGGAUUGAGAAAUUCCAUAAGUCGAAAUUGAAGAAGACAGAAACGCAAGAGAAAAAUUCACUGCCUUCAAAAGAAACAAUUGAACAGGAGAAGCAAGCAGGUGAAUGGUAAUGAGGCAUGUGCUGCCAAUAUGCACUGUACAUUCUACAAGCACUGCCUUCUCUUUUUUUUUUUAAUUGGAGUUCAAUUUGCCAACAUCAAGCACUGCCUUCUUAUUUUACUUUUUAGCUGUUUAACAUUGUAAGAUGCAAAGGGAUUGGAUCAAGUUUAAAUGGCUGUGCUGCCCCUUUUUACGUCAAAGA